AUGUCCGACCUCGACGUCGCCGGUCAUUACAAUCUGCCCUCGGAGUUUCCCGAAGAAUGGCCCGCGUCGUUGGAUGAUGGCGACGUGUCGGACACGGAACCCGUCCCACAUUCAAAGUCGCGUGCUCGCAAGUCACGAUACUUUGCGCUGGAACGCUCUCCAAGUCAAUUGCGAGGCAACUUCGGAUCGCGACGCGGUAAGGAUGGAAGGGAUACCACACAAAGCGACGAGCCAGAUCCUCUAGGGGGCGGCGAUAGCAUCCUUCGAACUCUCAAGAGCCGUGGAGUUCGCCUUGAGGAUGAUGGAGGCCAGCGGUCACGCUUCUUGCUUUCGUCCACGUCUUUCUCGCCUGCGCUGUUUUUAUCUCAGGUGCAUCACGACGCCUCGAUUGAAUCGCUUGUCGCAGGAUUGAACCACCUGUCACAAUCUAUUGACGAGAAAUCAGCCUCUCUGAAGGUACUUGUGGAGGCUAACUUUGAGCGUUUCGUGCGUGCAAAAGCAACCAUCGACAGUGUCUACACAGAGAUGAGGGACCAAGGUGCCUCAAGCGAACAGCCGAUCGCUCCCCGUCGAUCGGGACAUUUCCGAAACUACUCUGGUCAAUAUCAAGCCAACACGCCUAUUCUGCAGACCAUUGAUGGACCGAAGAAGAAUGCUCUGAGGAAGGAAAGCGAAUAUGGUAUGAAGGGCAUUCGGGGGCCUCUCUUAGAAGCCUCGGUGAAAGCGGAGGAGGUAUGGGGUCCUGCUCUGGGAGGAAGAGAUCGAGAGCUGGUCCUCAAAUCCGUCGUUGAAACCAUGGAGAAGCACCGCGAUGUGUAUGAGAUUGGUAGUCACCUGUCAAAGGCUAUUCAACAGCGCGACUACGAUUCCGUAUUUGAGCAAUACACCAGGAGUCGUACUCUGGCCAACCAAGCAAAGAAUAUAGUGGAGCAGGCCUCCAGCGCUCGGAGACAGUUGACCGAUCAAGAGACGCAUACAAUUCUCGCCAUGGGCCGCAUGUGGACAGAUGUUGAUCAGCAAAUUCAAACCUUUAAGCGAGACCUUUGGAGACGAUUGAGCAAUGCGCCAACGACAUCGACGACGAGUACAGCAUCGGGCCCCGUAGAAGAGCAUAUGGAGCUGAUCGGGGCCUUGCUGGAAUUGGGCGUGGAAGACAACCCCAUCUGGACGUGGCUUCUCAGCAGAUACGAGUUCUUGAAGACCAAAAUCACCUCGUUCUGUGAACGAUGCAAGGUGGAAAUCGAGAUCUUGCGACGAAGGCUCGCUGGAGGCGAUGUCCCCACCCCGCAGGUUGUCGCAUCCUAUCUACGUCUUGCACCGCGGGAUGGAUUUACCGAUACUCCCGAACGAUUGGAUACCGACCAGGUCGUCGAACUCUGGGAUUGUAUUCAAGCCUUUUUGACCAGGUUGCUGUCUUCACAGAAUGGUCUGCUGGGCGAAGUGCUUGACUUUUGGGAGGCUGCCCAGUCGUUCAUCGACGGCAGUCGCCAAAGAUUGCUCCCUGCCGGAUUUGAAGGAGAGAGUCGAAAACAUCACCGGCUCGCCCCCGCCAACGUGGCGCAAAUUGAGCGAGGCGUGGUCGAGCUGGUCACUCUCAUCCGGGAGAAUAUUUUGUCCCUCUUCAAUGACCCACCUACGGAGGAUAUCUCGCUACUUGCAUCUCCUAUUCCACCAAGCCCAACCAGUCCGGCGUCGCGCGGUGUGACGCCCACUGAAUCUCGGUUCAAAUUAGACCCCAAAAACUUACCCAUCUUAGUCCCGAAGAGAGGAGAGCAUUGGGAGGGUUACGCGUUCUGGCCACCCUAUUCCAAUUCUCUCAGCGGUGUGUAUUAUCUCAGCAAAUUCCUGGUCAUUCUGGGUACUGCCGCCAGUGAGAUGGCGGCACUGGGACCAGUCAGCAACACCGCGCAAGCCAGCGAUCAGCUCAAAGUCAUGAUCAGUGUCGCGCGGGAGCGUUCAGCCCGUGUCGCCUGCUCCGCUUGGAGCAAGGACGCUGAAAUCUUCAAAAUGCUUGAAGAUUGGACCCGUGACUCGGAGAAACGCGACCAGACCAAGAUGCCGGGACUGUUUGUGGACUUUGAAAGCGCCAUCCUGGGAGGCAUGCAGAAAAUUCUCUACAUCUCGGAAGCUAUGGCGAAAUCAGGGUCUGUAGACGUUGUGACCCAACCGCCUGCCAAAUUGCUGCAGAUGGUGCGCACGCAGUUCGUCUCCAGCGUCUACAAGGCGUUGAGUGGACUCGUGGAGAACGCCGAGCGGCAUGCGUUCUCAGAGGAAGAGAAUGAGUGGAUCCUAGCCAGGCCGGUCAUGGCGAGUCAGGUAGUCGACGCUGCUUUGUCGGUCCUCACGGCGGAUUCGGUAGAUUCUCGCAAUCGGAACGUGAGAAUUCUCCUCACGCUGUCCAACCUCAAAGCUCUGCAGGCCGAAUAUGUGCCUCAAUUGAUUGCUAACUUUGAGACAUCCUUUUCGGUCAAGUUGACCGAAGAAGGGAAAACGGUGUCGGAUGUUCUCAAACAAAUCGAGGACCGAUUAUUCCAGUCAUAUACGCAGCCGACUAUUACCACGUUGAAUGAGAUAAUCACCACCGGCAUUACAGCGCCAGACUGGGUCCCCUCUACCGAUCGCCCGGACCAAGUCCGGCCCUACGUGUACAGUACCAUGCUAACGUUAGUGCUCGUGCACACGGAGAUUUCAACCACCAUUCCUUCUACUAUCUCUCCACAGUCUAGUCGCACCGGCAACAACUCUCCGUCAUCUCUCCUCGUCACGAUCUUGACGCGUCUCUUGAUCGAAGUGUCGACAUCUCUGCUCACCGCGUUCCGAUCUCGCUCCACCUACUCCCUGGCUGCUCUGAUGCAAGCGACGUUGGAUACGGAAUUCAUUGCGCAGACUCUGACUCAAUACUCCACGGAAGAAGCUUCAAAUAUCCAGAGCCAAAUCUAUGUGGAAUUGGAUCGCCGUACCACCAACGAGGCCCGCACGAAACUUCAGGCAGAGUUGGGGGAGAUGCGAGUCGUACUCAAGCGUCUGCGUGAUCGGACCAAGGGCGAGUUUGCUUGCUUCAAGAAACCACGCAGCGCGGGUGGCUCCAAGCCUUCCACUUCUAGUUAG